AGCUCUCCAAUUACUGACUGGCCUGCAUUACUGAUACAGCUAGCAUCAUUUCGUCGCCAGGGCGUUUGAAGUACAAAGACACCAAGCACAGGAUGAAGGCCCUUGGGUUCCUCGUGGUGUCCCUCCUCCUGUUAGCGCUUGUGCACGUGGCUUAUACUAUCGCAGACUCGCAUCUGAAUUCACCCAAGGAUGAGGUUCCCGUCGAUAAGGAUAAUACAGAUGCAGGCAGUGAAGAAAAAGGAGGAGUGUUCGAUGAGGUAUCCGAACUGGAUGAACUAUCACUGGCACACUCUAGGAGGAAGGAUCUAAGAGACUUCGAUUCCGACAGCGUGUUGACCGAAACGAGAUCUGACAUUCUUCUGGUCGACCCAGUGUCGGCACUGAGCAGAAAGCGAACUCACAGGCAUAUAAAAGGCCACCAUCACCACCGACACCACCAUGGGCUUAAAGAUAUCCAGAAAGAUCGUUGGCAGGCGGAGGAGAUUCAACAAGGAGACUCAAAGCAAGAUAAUUCACAUGAUAAGGAAACAACCGAUGAUGAUCGGCUCAUAAAGCCGGAAGAUAUAAUGAUGGGUGACCAGCCUGUCAUAGAUGAUCUCGAUGUGGCCACAGACGUGGACGAGGACGCAAACGUUGAACAGAUAGAGAUCUCGGACAAAAAGGCACAACGUAAAAUGAAAAGGAAAAAUGAAAAGAAAGAAAUGAGGAAAAAGAAAAAAGAAGAAAAGAAAAUUGCGAAGCAAGGGAUGAAAGCACAGAAUAAGGAAGCUAAAAAAGAACGGAAAGCCAAAAGAAAAGAAGAAAAGAAGGAUAAACGAAAAGAAGCAAAGAUUGAUAUGAAAGAACAACGCAAAGCUCAAAGAAAAGAAGACAAAACUGAAAAGAAUGACGAAAAGCUUGACACUAAAAAGGAAAACAGAGAGAGAAAAAAAGAACAACGCAAAGCAGAUCGCAAAGCUUCAAAGCAAAACGCUAAAAAUAAACGCAAAGAGGAAAAGGCAAUAAAGAAAGAAGAAAAGAAAGCACAGAGAGAAUCUAAACGUCGUGAAAAGAAAAUGCAAAGGAAACAGGAAAAACUUGCCAGUUUGAUCGUUUGUGAAACUGAUGCGGAUUGUAAUGCAGGGUCGUGUUGUAUAAAAAAGAAAGCUGGAAUGUUCUGUAAGGCGUUUGAUAAGGAUGUCGAUUCAAGAUGCAAAGGACAUUGCCAAUGCAAAUCAGGGUUAACGUGUUUCACAGAGCAGAAGAAAUGGGGCAGAAGCAAACGAUUUGGACAAUGCAAAGCGCCCUCUAACGAUGUCACAACAGAAUUACCAAUAUCCUAUCGGCCCUAAAAGGCCAAAUCGAUAUACUAUAGACUUUUACAUGAAACAUUUUUGAUAUUUUUUAAUAAGUAUAUUGUAAAUAAAGUUUGAGUAUGAGCGUUUGUAGACAAUAUCUGCAUAUCAAUAAGUCAUAAUAUCGAUACCAUCACAAUAAAAAGGAUUCAUAAAUGUGUAAUUAUGCAUAAAGACUUAUAUCUUUGACUUUUCUACCAUGAAAUAUGUCAUUAUGUAUCAAUAAUCAUGAAUAUUUCAACCACACGUGUGGAAAUCAUCGCCUAAUGAUCUAACUGUGUAAAUGGUCUAUCUAAGCUAUAAAUCACAAAUAUAAGAUAUGAUAUCUGUGUUUGCAUGAAAUAUUAGUCGAGAUUCACAUUCUUGAAGAAUUGAUACUUUGGAAUGAAAUCUGCAGGCUUGAAAUGUGAUAUACAGUAUUUGAAAUAUUCAGACUAGUCGAUCAUAUCUGAACUUAUUUCGUGAUACGUAGCUGGCUGGCUGUGGAAUCGCUUCAUGGAUCAUCACGUUUCAAUUCAUUCACUUCUUGUACUCUUGAUGUUGUACGUUUGCCCGUGUUGUAAUAGCAAGUAAGAACGUAAUGAUGCGUCUCUGAUUGUAUUUAGAUGUGAUGUCAGUUUACGUUCACAUGAAUUAUUAUACUGCUGUAAAUAGAAAUCGCUCCCGUUGAAAUGUUGAAUGGCUUCCACUUUCAUAUGACCAUACGACUUCAUGUACUAACUGUACUACACGUGUGAAUUAUUGUAUUUGUAAAUAAAUAAAAAUAAAACAA